AUGUAUCGAGGUCAUGCACUGAUUCAACAACCUAUUGAAGCUUUCUUUCAAACUACUAAACACCAUUGUCUGUUUCACUGCGUACAGAGAAGUUGUGUGGCAUUCAAUUACGACAAUGAUAACCAGCUAUGCGAGAUCCAUAUAGGUUUUGAAUCCGAUUGUUCAAUUGAGGCAACGGCGACUAAAACAUACUACUUCUCAGACGGGUUUGCUCCGUCUGACUGCCUCCCGCUUCCUGUUAGUUGUUCAGAAAUUUCAUCUCGAGGGGUCACACAAGAUGGACUCUAUGAGAUUCUUCCCCCGACGUAUUCGACCCCAUUGCAAGUAUACUGCGAAGAUUUAGUCGAUGGAGGGUGGGUUCGAAUUCAGCGACGGGAAGAUGGCAGUAUUGAUUUCUACCGAAAUUGGGCAGAGUAUAAAUCAGGAUUUGGCAGUGUGUCUGGUGAGCAUUGGUUGGGAAAUGAACAUAUCCAUGCUUUAACAAAUGGAUCUACUCCUACAAAGUUGAAAAUCAAGCUGACAUACUUCAACACGAAUGAAUACGAGGCAAUGUACACAAAUUUCACAGUUGGUGACGAAGCGAGCCUAUACACGGUCAAUGCACUCGGGUACAGUGGAAACGCAGGGGAUUGCUUCGGUGGGUGGUUAGCUUCUCCAGCUGAAGCGACUAAUGGCUACCCAUUCAGUACACAAGAUUCCGAUAACGAUGACGCUGUCACGAACAGUUGUGCAACUUUGUUCACUGGGCCUUGGUGGUACAAUGCCUGCGCCAUGUGCUCCUUGAAUGGACGUUACCCAACAGGGGGGACUUGUCCUGUCAGUGAUUCAGAUUGUAUGUGGUAUGAACAUAUAUCAUUGUCCUUGCCUAUUAAAUUCAGCACUAUGUUGAUUCAGUAGAAUAGUAUAUAACCCUAACUCUAUGUGCUCUUUGAAUAUACGUUACCCAACAGGGGGGACUUGUCCUGUCAGUGAAACAGAUUGUAUGUGGUAUGAAUUUAUAUCAUUGUCCUUGCCUAUUAAAUUCAGCACUAUGUUGAUUCAGUAGAAUA